AUGCAGCGUUCCAGAUCGUUCCUGUUUCAGGUGUGUCUGAGUCUGGUGGUCUCUGUUGGCUCCUGCACAUGUAAGCCUCUCAACAAUGACAUCCAGACUGAGUAUGAUGAGAGAUUCUACUCUCAGCUGUCAGAGGAGGACCUUCUGGAGGAGGAAGAGACCGAUGCAAGGAUGGAGAACCUCUUAGGAACCAUGAAGGAGGGCUUUUUGAGACAACUCAACCUGUCGGAUGUUCCUCAAGAGCACAGUAAGAUCUACCCUCCUCAGUUCAUGAUGGAGCUCUACAACAAGUAUGCCUCGGACAGCUCGACGAUCCCUCAGUCUGAUGUCAUACGAAGCUUCACAGUGCAAGACAUCCCUCUCUCUGUGACAAAUGGCACAAAGACAAAACACAGGCUGCACUUCAAUAUCAGCAUUCCUAGCCAUGAGAAGAUCACUACUGCUGAACUACAGCUCUUCUUCUUCCCAAAGCCUGGAGUAAGGGUUGACUCGAGCAGAUUCAAGGCCACUGUCAAAGUCUAUGAAGUGGAUUACAAUAAUUUCACAUCCACAAACCAACUACUGGUGGGCAAAGAGGUGACAGGCUCACAGAGCACGUGGGAGACCUUUGAUGUGACCACAGCUAUUCAAAACUGGAUCAGGUUAGGCCAUGGAGAAACUGUUUUUGAUGUGGUGGUUGAUCGGAAGGACUGCAAGGUUCCUAAAAGUGGAGAGGAAGGAGCAGGCUGUCUAAAUAUGAGCAUGACUGUUGGAGACAACACUUCAGCGGCUCUAAUAGUCUUCUCAGAUGACCUCAGUAGCAGGAGAAGAGAGAAGCAGAUGGAAUUAAAAGAGAUGAUCCUCCAUGAAGAAGAAACUAUCCUACACUCAGGGGGCGAUUGGAACAGAGGAGAUCAGCUAUUAAAUGAGAUCCCUGAAGCUCAACAUCAACGAAGACAGAAAAGAAAGGCACAGAGGGAAUACUGCCAGCGCACCUCACUCAAAGUCAACUUUAGAGACAUUGGUUGGGACAGCUGGAUUGUUGCACCUCCAGAAUAUGACGCCUACGAAUGUCGAGGCCUGUGUUACCACCCGCUCACAGAUGAAUCCACCCCAUCAAAACACGCCCUCAUCCAGACACUGAUCAACAUCAGGGACCCUAAAAAGGCCAGCAUGGCUUGCUGUGUCCCCAUCAAACUGGACCCCAUCACAGUGAUGUAUAAGGAGAAUGGACGCCUCACGAUAAGAUAUCUUUAUGAGGAGAUGAAGGUGGCGGAGUGUGGUUGUAGGUAGUCAGAGAGGACUGGUUUUAUCUUAUUAUAAAGGUGUAAAAGCAGCAUUUUAUUCUAGUCAGUUGGAUGUUCACACCUUGCUUUGGUUCAGAUUAAGGAAAAUUGUCCAGGUUGAGGAAGUCACAUGGAUGUCAGCUGCUAACUUAUGUAGUUUGAUGGGAAGCUACAACCUAACUAGGUCUUAAGGUCAAAACAAAACUAAUACUUCUUCUUUUUUGACAGCAUACAUUUAACCAUUGUAAGACUACAAUCAUGCUAGCAGCUCUGUGAGGCUAACAGUAACAUUUUGAGCUAAAAGUUUCAUCAUAAUCAUAAGAUGUGGAUGUCAUACACUUAUAAUCUUUAUAUUACUCAUGAUCUCUUUGGCAUGUUAGCACAUUUUCCAUCGCUCUCAUAUGAGUGUGAGCAUGUUAGCAUUAAGUUAAAUGUUGUCAUCAACACACCAACAAUGAUAUUGAAAACAAGCUGAGCAUAUUCAUGAUCUGAUUUAAACAUAUGAGGACUUGAACUCUCACCUGAAACCCUCUCUAAGCAUGUUACCUUUGAACUUGAUGGUUUGAUAUGAAAUGAUUCUAAAAAUGUGCUGAUGUUUGCUGAUGAUAUCAUAUUCUUAAUCUUACUUUGGGAUGAACGCACAUUUGCUUACACUCUUACACUCACGUUAGCAUCCUAACUAUGAGUGAAAUAGUAUCCUCGGCAAUCGCACAAUGAUAAUGAAAACAUGCUGAUAUUUUGCAUUUAUAUAAGUGUGUUAGCCUGUUUGCUUAUCACCUCUAAUCAGAAUCUACAGCCAAAGGUUUUGUGAGGGUCCUUGCCUUUAAGGUAAGUUAUAAAGCAAAGAUAAUCGGGCCAUUCAAAACGUGUGCCUGAUAAUCUAGGUUAGAUUCAAGGACAGUUAUUAAGGACAGUUAAAUACAUGACUUUGUGUAAAAACUUUAAUGGCUAGCUGAUACAUUUUUUCAGAAUGAG